UUAGUGUGUCUCAAUCACGCUAGCAGCCUGAUAGCACGCCUUCAACAUUGCAAGUCCAGUUCUUUCCUUUAGCUCAAAUGUAUGAAUUAUAUGCGUUAUUUAGCUAGUAAAGCCAAAGGGUGCUAACUACAGCGCUGAGUUUGUUUUACUCAAGCGGGAGACUCCCUGUUUUGUUACUUUGCAGGUCUGUGCUCCCGAGUUACAGCAUCAUGAAGGUGAACAAGCUCACGCAGGUCAAAGGAAGGUCUCAUAAAUGGAAAGAUGUGAGGAGCAGACGGUGCAGAGCUCCCAUCAAGUCCUCAGACCUCAAUUCCAGUCCUGCCCUGGUCCAGGUGGUACAGGAGCACCAAGUGUCUGUGAAGAAAAGGCCCUCUGCCAAGAGGUUGAAACAUAAAGCAAAAGCUGUCGUUGAGCCCAAAGCAAUCGCCUCAGAGUCUGAAAGCAAGAAAUCGUACUCUCACACUAAUGGAGGCUCAACGUUUACCAUGAAUACUCCUUGCAGUCCUGGAGAGGACCUCCAGGACUGGAAGGAGUAUUCCCAGUCAAUUCGGAGAAAUGAUGUGGAGACUUUGGGAGAAAUGCAGGAUGUUCUGGGGGGCAGAGUCGAGGGAGAGGCUCUAAAUCACUGUGCACAAAGAGAUGAUCGACAAAACCACGCAGUGCUGGUUCUGCAGAAAGAUCAGACUCUGUGUUUUCGGGGGAAGUGCAUUUUGACCUGUCUGUACGGUCGGGUCGAAGUCAUGGGCUUUACCAUUGAAGAGGGCCAGAAAUCAUACCCGCUCUUCUCUCCAGCUUCUCACUGUCCACUCACCAUUAGAGCCAUGGAAACCUCUCAUUACGACAGAGAUGACAGAACAGAUGCCUCACGCGUCCUUCAAGAGCAUCUUCCACCUGCAUCUCGGAAGAAAUUGCUCAAAAAGAUAACCUCAACAUCAUCCAUCGUCCUGCUGGAGCCCAUGGAGACGUCCCUGACUCGCUUUCUGUCAAGUUUUACUAAUCUCAGCGGAUUGUUCAGCCCCACGGGGAGUGAACUCAUGUCAGCUGUUCUUGACACACCAUUGAACGGUUUGGGCAUGAUUCCUCUGACCAGCACCGUGGAGGGCCUGAAAAAGUCCAGGAGCUGUGAAGAUGCCCUGAACACCGUGGUCAACGCUUGCAAAGGUGGUCAGUAG